UUCAAUGCCGUGGCGUAUGCGCGAUUAGCGCUGAUCGUUACAACUGCCGUUAGCAUAAAAGCAAAUGUCCCGCGCGGUAUAGCAGAAGAGUUGGAACGAGUUUCAAUUUAGAAGAAAAUGCCGAAAGUCGUCCUUUACGCGCAGGACAUUAGUCCACCAUGCCGCACAGUUUUGAUAGUGGCACACCAGCUUGGAUUGGAUCUCGAGAUUCGAGAGGUGAAUCUAAAGAACAAGGAGCAGUUGUCGGAAGAAUUCCGAAAAGUCAAUCCUCAGCACACGAUUCCAGUAAUGGACGACAAUGGAUUUAUUCUUCUUGACAGUCACGCUAUUGUAACUUAUCUAGUGGACAAAUAUGGCAAGAACGAUUCUCUGUAUCCAAAGGAUUUGCAGAAGCGCGCGUUGGUCGAUCAGUAUCUUCAUUUUGAUUCUUGGUCACUUUUUCCCGCUGCGAGAAAUGCGUUUAGACCACUAUUCCUUCAAAGUGGGAAGGAAAUCUCUGAAGACAAGAUGAAAGUAUGGAGAGAAUCUUACGAACAUUUGAACAGCUUCCUGGAGGGUAAAAACUGGCUGGUUGAUGAUUCUUAUACUCUCGCUGAUAUCAGUUGCGUGACAACUGCGUCGAGUUCCGCUAUUCUAGUGAAUAUGGAUGAUUUUCCGAACGUGAAGGCUUGGAUCGAGAGAUGCGAGGCAGAACUUCCCGGAUACAAACAACAUAAUCUACCAGGCCGUGAUAAAUUGUUUGCAACUGUCCGUGCUCUGAUGGCCUAAACAUUUUUGUACAUUUAUUAUAUUUUAUUAUGCUUUAUAAAAUUUAAUAGCAACAGA